AUGACCGAGCCUGGAAAAGAAAUGAGCACAAGCACCAGGUGCCGAAAGCCGCACACGCGGAGCCGUGGCGGAUGUCUCACAUGUAGGAAGCGUCGCGUGCGAUGCGAUGGUGGCCAGCCAAUCUGCUCAGACCUCCCGCUCCGAGACCGCCGGGCGGAAUGGCUCCCUGGCGAGCACCAACCGUGGACGGUGGAUACACAAGUUGCAUUGAAUCCUGGAUCACCCAUGACGAAUUCUAUGGAUCCAUUCGAUUGUCUUGGACUUGACAUGUCAUUCAAGUCAAGACAACUUCUGCAUUACUUCCGCUACGCGAAGGGCUGCACUGACAUGCUCUCAAACACGGCGGGAAAAGAUCCCUUUUCUCUCCUCUCUAUUCACCCCGACGCACUCAGGGACACUCUGCUCGUUGCCGGACUACACUACGCUUGGACUGUUGGAGAUAUCCAUACCUACCAGUCCACUCUUUUAUUCCACAAAGUUGCAACUAUUCGCAUCUUGAAUAAAUGGCUUCACAAUAUCAACCAACCUGGUCUCAUGACUUUCGUCAGACAUGUCUCCAUUUUGUGCUUCGUCGAGGGCUGCCAUGGCAAUGUAGCCGCAGCAGAAACUCACCUCAAAGGACUGGUCAACGCUGUGGACCUACUAAGCCCAAGCGAUAGUAACUUCCCCAACACUCUGAGUGUUGGUGAGGAGCUUGCGAAUCGAUAUCUCAUUUUUACACACUAUUCUUUCCAGGGAUUCAAAGCAAGAAUCGUCAGCAGCGCUGCCCUGCAAAAGAUAUUCACCCAAGAAAACGUGGCAGAGUUUUCCGACUUCUUGUCCCUGGUCUAUGACUGGCGCGAGCAAAGGAUCGGCAAUCUGGACAAGAGGUUAGGCGCCAUGAGAAUGAUGCCCUUCUUUUUCGCUGUCCUGCCCCCCGAAGCUAAAUUCUACGACAUUGAUGCAUCGUCCAUGGUGGAAUGCCUGAAGAGCCUCACGGCAACGAUACUAUUCACCAGUGAUGAUCACAUAACGUAUGAUCCUAGUUGGGAAUGGAUUGAGGGAUCUGAAUCGAGGUUACUCUAUGAGACCGUCAAAGCACAUUUUGCCUCACUUUCAGAACCGCAAGAUGAUGGCAAUGUGCAUGAUGAUGACUCCUCAGAGACCCCUAGACUUAGCACCUCAUGGUCCAGCAUGUGUGUGGCUACCAGUCUCUACUUGCAUAGCGCCUUGGGAAUCUGGUACGCAGGAGAGUCAUUGGAACCGUGCAUGUUCCGCCGCUUCCUGUCAAUCCUGAUGCGCGACGUCGACCGGAACGUCCACCAGAUACGAUCACCUAGCUUGUCUCAUCUGUGGUUCUGGAAGACUUUUCUCGGAGCUUACAGUAUAGCAAAACUUCAAUCAUGCGGUUCUCAAAAGGACGUGGGAGAGUUUGAGAAGUGUUUUGAUAGAUUGAUUAGCACCUGGAGUCGAGUGUGUGGUGUUGACAAGUGGAAAGAUGCAAAGGCGAGGUUGGUCAACAUUACCUGGCCUUUGGGACACUCUUUGGAUUUGGCUGAAAAGGUAUGGAAGAAGGCCACUCAAUGA